AUGGGCACCUUGUCCCUCCUGGAGAAGGCCCGGGCUCUGCUCCAUGUCCGGAACCAGCUGCUGCGGGAGUGCCUGGCGGAGCUGCUGGGCGUCUUCGUGCUCAUCCUGAUCACCCUGGGAGGCUCAGCACAGAUGCUCACCAGCUCCGAGACUAAAGGGAACAUCCUCACUGCCAGCCUGGCGGGCUCCCUGGCUGUCAUGGUGGCCAUCUACACAGCAGGAGGAGUCUCUGGGGCCCACCUGAACCCCGCGUUUUCCUUUGCCAUGUGCCUGCUGGAGCAGUUUCCCUGGUGGAAAUUUCCCAUCUUCGUGGCCGUGCAGAUCUUUGGAGCUUUCCUUGCCUCUGGAGCUGUCUACGCCCUCUACUAUGGUGCGGGGAGGGGCAACGGCUGGUGGUGGGUGCCAGUGGUGGCUCCGCUGCCCGGGGCCGCGCUGGGCUCGCUGCUCUACCAGCUCCUGGUGGCUUUUCACCACCCCACGGAGGAGGAGGAGCAGGACCAGGCCCAGCAGAGCUCCCUGGUCCUCGUCAAUCCCACCGCCCGCCCGGCCACCGAGAUCCCGCUGGAGAAGAAGGAUCUCAAGGAGGUGCAGCUGCAGAAGUGA